UCUCCGGCAAAGUAUCUUACCUUCCUCAUCCACUUUUUUCAUUUUCUCUCUCCUCACUACCCCACCCCUCCACACACAUGGAACCCCCACUACUACCCGGCGGCCCACCGAUUUCCACCACCGUUACAACGGCGUCGGUGGUCGGAACUAUGACACAACCACCACCACCGACGUCAUCGUCACAUCUCAACAACUACGCCAACUCACUAGAUUCCGCCUCCCCAAAGUCACGCAACUCCAACUCCUGGGACGACCAGCAACCGGCUAACGCCGGCGGCGGCGGUGGAAAGCUCCGCCUCAUGUGCAGCUACGGUGGACACAUAAUCCCUCGCCCACACGAUAAAUCCCUCUGCUACAUCGGCGGCGACACCCGGAUCUUCGUCGCCGACCGCCGUACUUCUCUCUCCGACCUUUCCUCCCGCCUUUCCAAAACCCUCCUCUCCGGCCGCCCGUUUUGGCUUAAAUACCAGCUCCCUAACGAAGACCUAGAUUCCUUAAUCUCCGUUUCCACCGACGAAGACCUCGAAAACAUGAUCGAAGAAUACGACCGUGUCACAAAAACGUCACGUAUCCGUGUUUUCCUCUUCACCAGUGAGUUCGAUUCGGUAUCUUCGAUCGGGUCGCUUCUUGAAAGUUCUACAAAAUCGGAGGAUUGGUUCGUACAUGCGUUGAAUAAUGGGGGAAAUUCUGGUUCUAUAACAACUACUAAGGUGUUUUCUGAAUCUUCCUCAGUGAAUUGUCUUCUAGGUCUUGAUGAUGAUGUGAAUUGUAACGUAAAGGGUGAAAAAAACGUGAAAUUAAGUGCUCAAGAUGUUCAGUCGGUGCCGGAUUCUCCGAUGGUGGAAACGACGUCGUCUUUUGGGUCGACUAAUUCCACGCCGUCCCUUGCAAAUUUGCCGCCGAUAAAGGUACACGUGGAGGAGAAUAAUCAGAGGGUUGGAAUUGAAGAGCAGUUUUCACAAUUAGGGGUUGGAGGCAGCAAAGUGGAUUCGUCUUCACCACCGGCGCCGUCUGCCCCGGUGGCCGGAGCUGGGUUUUCCGGUGUGCCAGUAGUGGUUGGUGGGGAUUAUGGGAGUCGGGUUUUUUCAGAUGAUGAGAGAUCGGAACAGGGUGUUGGUUAUAGGAAUCUUGCUCUCACACAGACACAGCAGCAGCAACAGCUACAGCAGCAGCCUCAACAAUUGCAGCAGCCAAGGCCUGUUGUUCCUUCUGAUUUGCCUUCCCCCAAUUCAGUUUCGAGUGAGAGCAGUUUGUCUGGGCAAAGGCAUUUCUUUUAUCAAGAACCAGGGGGUCAAAUUCAGUCGGGGAACAAUAGGGUUUCCGUCAAUUCAGUUGAUCCAAAUAAUAGGCCUCAGGUGCAACAGCAAGUCCAGGAUGCUGGAUAUGCAUUACCAGUCCAAUAUGAUCAGCAGCAACAAAUGUAUCAACACCAACAAUAUGUCCAUGCUGGUCAAUAUAUCCAACAUACCCCUUCUGGGCCUGUGCCGAUGACGUCUUAUUAUCCUAUAUACCCUUCGCAGCAGCAAAAUCAUCCUCAGCAUCCUGCUCUUGACCACCAAUACCCAGUUUACUUCGUUCAAUCUAGACCUUCACAAGCUUACAAUUUGCCCAUGCAACAAACAAAUUAUAGUGAGUCUGCUUCAACAAUGCCUUCAAAUCAACCCCAAACACCUCCCGCUCCUAAUAUGGCCACUCCUGCAGCAGCUUACAACCAUGCUAGAAACCCUUCUGCCUCCAAACCUGAAAUGAAUGCUGGUGCAUAUAGAACAGCAGCUGCGGCAGCUCCACAAUUGGUACAGAUAACUUCUGGUCAGCAUCAGCAGCAAUAUGUUGGCUACUCCCAGAUUCACCAUCCCUCUCAGUCAAUUGCUCCUACAUCCGCUGCUACUGCCAAUUAUGCAUAUGAAUAUUCUGAUCCCACACAUGCACAAAUAUACUACACUCAGUCUCAUGCUCCCCAGUUUGCUGCUCAAUACCAAACCAUGGCAUCAUCCCCUGCUGUCGGUUUACCCAAUACGUCUUCUCAGCUUCCCUCAGAAAAAAAUCAAGCAACAAAUUAGAACUUCACAAGCCAUGAAAGGUGAGUUGCACAUGAAGAAACAAUUUUGUGGCUAUGGGUUUGAUUUAUGUUUAAAGUUUCUGUUAUAAAUGCUUGAAUUCUCAUUGUUACUGGUUUGUCAAAUGUAUUUGUUAUAGAUAUAAGACAACUGGGCGUUCAUUUCUUUUCUUGUGCAAUCCAUGAAGUGAUAGCUAUCUGGAUCAUACUGUAAAAGCUUAAACUCAUAUGAUAUCUUCCCUGUUCUAUAUAUAUGAAUUACGGAAUAAAUGUAAUGUAGUGAUUGAGGGAUUUAAUUCA